GCGUCGCUCACAAUGGCGUCGAACGAGGAUCCGUACCUCAUUCUCCCAGGCUCGGCCGCCCACUCCGACUUCCGCCUGCAGCGCCUGGCGCAAGCAAUCGGCGCGAAGCAGGUGCGCUCGCUGUGGGUGCACUUUGUCAAUCCGCUGAGGGAGCUGGCCGACGACGAGUUGAAGACGCUGCAGCAGAUUCUGCACUACGGCGAAUACCCCGACUACGACGACCGCCUCUCGCAGACGCUCCUCGACGCACUCCACCGUGGCGGCGAGCCUCGUGAUGCCGACACGGUGCUCUUCUACGUCUGCCCACGCGCCGGCACAAUUUCGCCAUGGAGCUCGCUGGCCUCGAUGAUUGCGCGCACAUGCACCCUCGACCAGGCAGUGAAGCGAAUCGAGCGUGGCAUGGUCAUCGCAGCCACCUUUGAGCGCACCCUCGCGGCCGACGAGAUCCCCCAACGCGACCAGCUGUACGACCGCAUGACGCAGACCAUCAGCCGCGCUGCGCCCAACCUCAACGACAUCUUCGGCGAGGGCGAGCCUGCGCAGGCAACCACCAUCAGCUUCGACGAGUACAACAGCGCCCAUGCUGCGCUGGAGCACGCCAACCGCGAGCUGGGGCUCGCCAUGGACAAGUCAGAGAUCGACUACCUGGUCGAGGCAUACACGCAGGAGCUGAAGAGAGGGCCUGUAGACGUCGAACUGUUCAUGUUUGCCCAAGUCAACUCGGAGCACUGCAGACACAAGCAGUUCAAUGCCGACUUCACCGUCGACGGCAUGCACAAGUCCAUGUCGCUGUUUGGCAUGAUCCGGAACACGCACCAGAAGAACCCCCAGCACGUUGUCAGUGCAUACAGCGACAACGCUGCUGUGCUGCAGGGCGAGGAGGCGAGCUUCUGGGCACCCAACGACCUCACGGGCGAGUGGGCCGGCACCAAGGAGACUGUGCACAUCCUCUGCAAGGUCGAGACACACAACCACCCAACUGCCGUGUCCCCAUUUCCUGGGGCAGCCACCGGAUCUGGGGGUGAAAUCAGAGACGAGGGCGCUGUUGGGCGUGGUUCCAAGCCAAAGGCCGGUCUCGCCGGCUUCACUGUCUCCGACCUCAACAUCGAGGGCUUCGAAAGACCAUGGGAGCUCAAGGAUGUCGGAAAGCCUGCGCACAUUGCCAGCAGUCGCGACAUUAUGCUCGAGGCUCCCAUUGGCAGUGCGCAGUUCAACAACGAAUUCGGUCGCCCAUGCACUACUGGCUAUUUCCGCACCAUGCUCAUGCGUGUCUUCACAAACGAGAAGGAGUCGGAGAUUCGAGGAUACCACAAGCCCAUCAUGCUGGCAGGUGGCGUCGGCACAGUCAGGCCUCAGCACGCGCUCAAGGACCCGGACAUCGUGCCCGAAGGCUCUCAUCUUCUCGUCAUCGGUGGUCCUGCGAUGCUCAUUGGUCUCGGUGGUGGCGCAGCCUCCAGCAUUCAGUCUGGCGAAGGCAAGGUCGAUCUCGACUUUGCUAGUGUGCAGAGAGGCAACCCGGAAGUGCAGAGGCGGGCACAGGAAGUUAUCGACACUUGCCGUUCCAUGGGCGACAAGAACCCCAUUCUCUUCAUCCACGACGUGGGCGCCGGUGGUCUCUCGAAUGCACUCCCUGAGCUUGUCCAUGACUCUGGUCUCGGUGCCAUCUUUGAGCUACGCGAGGUGGACAGUGCGGACAAGAGCAUGAGCCCACUGCAAAUCUGGUGCUGCGAGGCACAAGAGCGAUACGUACUAGCAGUCGCCCCCGAUCAGUUGGACCUCUUCAAGCGCAUCUGCAACCGAGAACGCUGUGGCUACUCGGUCGUCGGCAAGGCCACGAAAGAGCAGCGCCUUAUCCUGAAGGACAGGGACUCGAAAGAGAACCCGACUCCCAUUGAUCUUCCCAUGUCUACGCUAUUCGGAAAGCCUCCCAAGAUGUCGCGCAUUGUCGAGAGCCGAAAGCUGAGACUGCCAGCCUUUGACAGUACCCUCUCUAUGUACACCCCCGACACACCCAAGGCUGACCUGGUCGCCGAAGCCGUUGAUCGAGUACUUACCCUGCCAUCGGUGGGCUCAAAAUCAUUCCUCAUCACCAUUGGAGACCGAACUGUCGGUGGUCUUACGGUCCGCGACCAGAUGGUUGGCAAAUGGCAGGUGCCAGUAGCCGAUGUCUCUGUAACGGCUACAUCACUGCUUGCCGGGGUUAAGACAGGCGAGGCCAUGGCCAUGGGAGAGAAGCCCACUCUUGCGCUCAUCUCUCCAGCAGCAUCCGCAAGGAUGGCUGUGGUGGAAUCUCUCAUGAACAUUGCGGCAGCCAGUCUCUUCGACAGGCUUUCCAGGGUCAGGCUUUCAGCCAACUGGAUGUCAGCAAGCAGCCACCCUGGUGAGGGUGCAGCCUUGUAUGAGGCAGUCGAAGCCAUUGGCAUGGAUCUUUGCCCCAGACUGGGCAUCUCCAUUCCCGUUGGAAAAGACUCGAUGAGCAUGAAGAUGAAAUGGUCAGAAGAUGGCCAGGCAAAGGAGGUCACAGCACCCAUGUCUUUGGUCAUCACAGCCUUCGCACCUGUCGACCGCAUCGACCGCACAUGGACGCCUGCCUUGCAGCGUUUCGAGAGUGUUGGUGAGACGACUAUCAUGUUUGUCGAUCUGGCGGCCGGCAAGAAGCAUCUUGGUGGCUCUGCUUUGGCUCAGACGUUCGGUCAGGUCGGCGACGAGGCGCCUGACGUCUAUGACGCCGACAUCAUCAAGGACUACUUUGACGCCAUCGAACAACUCCACGAAGCUGGAAUCGUCCUCGCCUACCACGACAGAUCCGACGGUGGUCUCUUCACGACGCUUGUCGAGAUGGCAUUUGCUGGACGAUGUGGCAUUGAAGUCAUGCUGGAUGGCGUUGCGGCGUCAAGCGAGCCCAAGGACGUUUUGGAGGCGCUGUUCAACGAAGAGCUGGGAGCUGUCUUCCAGGUCAGGAAGCAGGAUGAGACUGCUUUCAACCGCUGCUUCGCUACCUGCGGACCACCACCAGGCAUGAUCAAGAAGAUCGGACGCGUACCCGAAGCUUCGAAGCAAAACAUUUCUUUCUACGUUGGCACACAAAAUGUCUACCGUAACACUCGGCAGAAGCUCCAGCAACGCUGGGCCGAGACGUCGUAUCGCAUGCAGAAACUCCGCGACAACCCUGUCUGUGCUGACGCCGAAUUCAACAGCAUCCUCGACGACAAGAACCCGGGUCUUUCGUACAACCUGACAUUCAAGCCCUCUGAGAACAUCAUGCCUUUGAUGUCCAACCUCAAGUCGCCUUUCACGGCCAAGCCUCGUGUGGCUAUUCUUAGAGAAGAAGGUGUGAAUGGCCAGGCUGAGAUGGCAUUCGCUUUCCACCAAGCUGGCUUCUCCGCUAUCGACGUACAUAUGACCGAUAUCAUCACGGGCCGUGUGUCGCUUGCAGGCUUUGUAGGCCUUGCAGCGUGCGGUGGGUUCUCGUAUGGCGACGUACUUGGCGCAGGUCAAGGUUGGGCCAAAUCCGUGCUCCUGCACCCCAACACACGUAAGGAAUUCCAGGACUUCUUCACGCGCGCCGACACCUUUGCGCUCGGUGUCUGCAACGGCUGCCAGUUCUUGAGUAAGCUCAAAGAGCUGAUUCCUGGUGCGCAGCUGUGGCCAAGCUUCGAGCGCAACGCGUCUGAGCAAUACGAAGCGCGUGUCUGUAUGGUCGAGGUGCUCGAUCCCAAGGGACCCAACACUCCGCCAUCCGUCUUCCUUCACGGCAUGGCCGGCUCUAAGCUUCCCAUUGUUACAGCGCACGGCGAAGGUCGCGCUCAUUUCUCGGCCUCGGUCUCUUCGCCGUCGAGCCCGCAAACGCUAUACAACGAGAACCUUGUCUCUCUUCGCUAUGUCGACAACUACGGAAAGCAGACUGAAGAGUACCCCUACAACCCCAACGGGUCGCCAAUGGGCAUCACUGGUGUGAGAAGCACAGAUGGACGCGUGCUAGCACUCAUGCCGCACCCUGAGCGAACUAUUCUAAAAGAGGUCGCAAGCUACAUCCCGAAGGAUACGGAGGCUUGGGGCGAACUGGGACCUUGGUCUCGCAUGUUCAAGAGCGCCAGACGAUGGGUAGGAUAGAUACGGUAAGGGUCAGUGCAUGAUACAUGACGGCGUUAUGGGAAAGGUUUGAGUUGCAUUUUAUGG